AUGAAUAUCCUGGCAUAUCAAGCUAUAUUUUUGGCCAUUUUUGGUUUAUCAGCUGCUCGUUAUAUUCCUAUUGAUCAUAACAAUGAUGAUCAUGGUCAUAAUGAUGGUGGUCACUAUUCUGUUUUAACUGAACAUGAUCACAGUGGUGGUAGUAAAUAUAAUGGUGGUCAUGCUAUUGUGCGUACCUGGAGUCAGGAACAUGGUCAUAACGGAGGCGCUUAUGCUGAACAUGAUGGCGGUCACUAUGAAGGUCACAACGAUGAUCAUGAUGGUGGCCAUGAUCAUCAUGCUUAUGCUAAAUAUGAAUUUAGCUAUGGUGUCAAAGACGCCAAAACCGGUGAUAUUAAAAGCCAAACUGAGUCCAGAGAUGGUGAUAGUGUUAAAGGCAGCUACACUCUUAAGGAAGCCGAUGGUACCACUCGUCAUGUAGAGUAUUCUGCUGAUAAACAUAAAGGUUUUAAUGCGGUUGUACAUAACUUGGGUCAUGCUAAUGCUGGAGAACAUGGUCACGACAGCCACAGUCAUAAUUAUGCUCAUGCUGGUGGCCACGGCAAAGCUAGCAGUUAUAUAAUUGUUAAGAAACAAGAGGAAACGAAACAUUGA